AGAUCGAGCUGAAUCACCGCGCGCUCCGGCACUCUGCUGAACACAGCCAAUAUGUUUCGGAAUCAGUAUGAUAAUGAUGUGACCGUGUGGAGCCCGCAGGGCCGGAUCCACCAGAUCGAGUAUGCGAUGGAGGCCGUCAAACAGGGCUCAGCCACGGUUGGGCUCAAGUCCCACUCUCACGCGGUGCUGGUGGCUCUCAAGAGAGCGCAGUCUGAACUGGCCGCCCAUCAGAAGAAGAUCCUGCAUGUUGAUAAUCACAUCGGCAUCUCCAUCGCUGGACUGACGGCCGACGCCAGACUGCUGUGUAACUUCAUGCGUCAGGAGUGUUUGGACUCCAGGUUUGUCUUCGACCGGCCGCUUCCAGUGUCCAGACUGGUGUCCCUCAUCGGCAGCAAGACUCAGAUCCCCACGCAGCGUUACGGCAGGCGUCCGUAUGGAGUCGGUCUGCUGAUCGCAGGAUAUGAUGACAUGGGGCCGCACAUCUUCCAGACGUGUCCUUCUGCCAAUUACUUCGACUGUAAGGCCAUGUCCAUUGGCGCGCGCUCACAGUCCGCCAGAACAUACCUGGAGCGACACAUGGAGGCCUUCAACGACUGUAAUCUGAAUGCUCUGGUCCAGCAUGGUCUGCGUGCGCUGCGAGAGACUCUUCCAGCUGAGCAGGAUCUCACCACUAAGAACGUGUCCAUCGGCAUUGUGGGAAAGGACAUGGAGUUCACCAUCUAUGAUGACGAUGAUGUGGCUACAUUCCUGCAGGGUCUGGAGGAGCGGCCGCAGAGACGGGUCGCUCUGCCAGCUGAUGAAGCGGCUCCGGCUGUUCCUGAUGAGCCCAUGGAGCACUAGCGAGUGCCCUAGAUCUGUCUGCUUCACUGGAGCUCCUCAGAUAAACCCAAACACACUUAACCUGGUCUCACAUCCUGCAGUGCGCUGUCAAACAUGUCUUCUGUCUGUGAGGGGAAGAGUAAUAAAGCCGUUGUUUGUUUCUA